GUUCUUUCCCUCAUUCAACAAUCAUCAACCACCUCGACGACCUCAUUCCCGACGCCCGCGACGUCGUUUGCGACAUCGAAAAUAUCGCAGCCGCCACUGGAUUCUCAUCUACACGUAGUGUGUGUUCGAUACAUCGCCGCGGCCAAUUCAUUUUGUGCAUGCUGGUGGUCUGUCGGGCAAGUUCGACCACGACAGCCGGUCGGCGGUUUUUCGUGCGACCUCUUGCCAUAGCAGACGUCUAAACCAUCUUCGCGGACACACCGACAUCGAGCGUCUUGUCGAAACCCGAAGGAGCCGUUAAUUCACCUUGCGGGUUUUCGCGAAAAUCGCUUUUUGGCGACCAUUUCCGUUCCCGAUCGGCUGCAGUGUUAAAUUUUUAGGCGUCGCUCGUUCUCCCGUCAACCUCCCAUCACAACCAUUUGACCUCAGCAACACCGUCCAUUUGCGAUCGUUUAACCCUUCUCCCUGCCUCCCGCGCUACGGCAUUUCUAUGGCAGCCAUGUCCUUCAAUCCUCAAACACCUCAGAGCCCCUCGCAAUUCUCUCCGAGCACUGCGGACGCUCUAUCAAGCAUGAAUACCUCCAUGACAUCUGUCACGACUUCCCUUCCCACGCCAGCUCAUAGCAUCAGCGGCUCAACGACACACGACACCAUGAUGACCGACGCCGACUCGCCGCACAAGCGCAAACGAAUGCCCGAUGACAUGGGCGAUCAUGAGCAGAAGAAAGUCCACCUCGAGGAUCCUCGGAGACUCGGUAUUGAGAACCUACACCUUGAUGUUGGCGAAAAGUACCUUCUCUGCAGAACUCCCUAUUCAAUGUCCCUGCCACGCACGUCAGGAGAUCUAUUUGAGAUGUUCGGUUUGACUGGCAUUGCGGCCGAGGUCGCGCGGACAAAACCGAAUGGAGAGAAAAAUGCGUUGCGCAAGACCUACAAGGGUCAUAUCAAGACACUUGGGGUGAACGGCCAAUUCGAGGCUGUCAAGAAGGAACCAGAUGAUCCCAACGGCUUGAUGUUUAUGCUCCACCUACCUCAAGAGGACUGGUAUAAUACCGAGGUGCGAGGCAACGAGAUCGAGCGAGGUUUCUCAGAUCAGGUCCAAUCGAGUUUGCUCAAAGCAACGUCGAUGGCUAAAGGCCCCAUACCGAAGAACGAGUGGGACAGCGCGGUUCUGGGCGAUUUGGCUCCUUCCAAUAUAUCAAAGAAGACAAAUCAAGAUGCCGCAAGCCGCACUCCAGGCACUCCCCUGGCGAACACGGGCGUACCCAAGUCUGGCAAGACGCAGCUGGCACACAUUGAUCGCGCACGACGCAACAUCAAGAAGCGAAGCUACCAGGACAGCAGCUUCGAGGGCUAUGGUGAUGGCUUUGACGAGGACCAAGGUGCCGAGACUGGUUACUCUACAGGCGAGAAUGAUGACCGCUCGUCGAAGCAGAAGAGGAGAAAACAGAAUUCUGCAGGCGGAUCAUCGUUCACUGGGGGCAUGCGCCAACAGGGGGGCUACGGGGGUGUAGGAUCAUGACAUUGAUACCCAAUCGCGGGCAAGAAUACGCAUCUCGCACGAAGGUAAUGACGUGGCAACAGUUCUUCGAUGGAGAGGGGCUCGUGGGAUUCCCAUGAAACAGCGUUUUGGUCUUUUCAGUCUUUGCAUUUACUCCGUGAUUUUCAGCAAGGCGUUGGGGUUGUCGUUUUAUAAUGCACAAAAGCAGCAGCAAUCUGCGCCAGAAGGCCUGGGGAUCUUCCAUCGGAAUAUGAAAGCCCGGGCACUCCUGGCAUCGCUGUAGAUAUACCAUGAUACAGAAAAUAAAAAGCAUUUUAUUUCAC